AUGGAGUUCUUAUUUGAGUUUCUAUUCUCUCCAUUGCCCACCUCGGCACUGGUGUUCUUGUUUGGGCUCGGGGCAGUCGCCCUGACUUAUCUCAACAGCAGGCCCAAGCCCCUGAGGCCGCCUGUCGAUCUGAACAGACAGACUGUGGGCAUUGCGGGUGGAGCCAGGAAGAGUGCAAUACUAAAAGAUGACAACUUAAUAUCCUAUUCACACGAGGAUGCUAAAACUCUGUAUGAGGUUUUCCAAAGGGGAUUACAUGCCUCAGGAAAUGGGCCUUGUUUGGGGCACCGAAAGCCUGGGAAGCCAUAUCAAUGGCUGAAAUACAAACAGGUUUCGGAUAGGGCUGAGUACUUGGGCUCUGCACUGCUCCAUAGAGGAUUGGAGCCUUCGCCAAAAUCAUUCAUUGGCAUCUUUGCUCAAAACCGACCAGAGUGGAUUAUCUCUGAAUUGGCCUGCUAUACUUAUUCCAUGGUGGCAGUUCCUCUGUAUGAUACGCUUGGUCCUGAGGCACUUGUCUUCAUCAUUAACAGAGCCAACAUCUCUACAGUACUUUGUGACAAGCAGGACAAAGUGGAGACUCUUCUUGAUAACUGUGAAAAACAUCUUACCCCUGUGCUCAAAACUAUCAUUGUUAUGGACCCAUUUGAUGCUGCAGUAACAGAACGAGCAUCCAAGUGUGAAGUGGAAGUAUUGAGUCUAAAGGAUGUGGAGGCUCUGGGGAAAAGUAAUCAUCGGAGGCCAAUUCCACCGAAGCCAGAAGACUUGAGUAUUGUGUGCUUUACCAGUGGAACUACUGGUGAUCCAAAGGGAGCCAUGUUAACUCAUGAAAAUGUAGUGGCAGAUGCUGCUAGCUUUGUUAAAAGCUUUGAGAGUGCCUUCACAGCACUUUCCUCUGAUGUGUUGAUCUCGUUCCUGCCACUGGCUCACAUGUUUGAGAGAGUCGUGCAGACAGUGCUGUACAGUGUGGGUGGAAGGGUAGGCUUCUUCCAAGGAGACAUCAAACUGCUUCCCGAUGACAUGAAAACCCUGAAGCCCACAGUUUUCCCAGUCGUCCCACGCCUUCUCAAUCGCGUAUAUGACAAGAUUCAAAGUGGGGCCCAGACUCCAUUCAAGAAAUGGCUCCUGAACUUUGCGGUUGAAAGGAAACAUGCAGAGGUGAAGCAGGGCAUCAUAAGAAACAACAGCAUAUGGGACAAGCUCAUCUUUCACAAAGUGCAGGAAAGUCUUGGGGGAUCUGUUCGGGUGAUGGUGACAGGUGCUGCUCCUAUUUCACCUGCUGUGCUUAGAUUCCUCAGAGCAUGCCUUGGUUGCCAGAUAUUUGAGGCAUAUGGCCAAACCGAGUGCACAGCUGGCUGCACCAUUUCUCUGCCUGGGGACUGGACAGCUGGACAUGUUGGAGUCCCUGUUCCAUGUAACAUAGUCAAACUAGUAGACGUGGAGGAGAUGAACUAUUUCGCAUCGAAUAAUGAAGGAGAGGUUUGUAUAAAAGGGAAGAACGUAUUCUGUGGAUAUCUGAACGAUCCAGAGAGGACAGCUGAGGCACUCGACCAAGAUGGAUGGCUGCAUACUGGAGACAUUGGCAAAUGGCUUCCGAAUGGAGUUUUGAAGAUCAUCGACAGAAAGAAGAACAUUUUCAAACUGGCCCAAGGCGAGUACAUUGCUCCAGAAAAGAUCGAGAAUGUCUAUGUUCGAUGCGGUACAGUCGCUCAAGUAUUUGUUCAUGGGGACAGUCUACAGUCCUGCUUAGUGGCCAUUGUGGUGCCCGAUGCUGAGACACUACCCAGCUUGGCUGAGAAGCUUGGAGUUAAGGGUUCAUUUGAGCAACUAUGUAAAAACCAGCAAAUUAAGAAAGCUAUCCUCUCUGACCUUGUAAAGCUGGGGCGUGAAGCAGGACUCAAAUCCUUUGAACAAGUGAAAGACCUGCAUCUCCACCCUGAUCAGUUCACUAUAGAGAACGGCCUUCUUACUCCAACGCUUAAAGCUAAAAGAGGUGACCUCAGCAAGUUCUUCAAAAACGAGAUUGAAAGUCUUUACGCUAAACUGCAGGGAUGAAGCAACAAAAGCCAUACAGAUCACAGUAGGUCUCUGUGACCUACUGACCAACUCAGAGUACCAAAGGAAUGCACACCAUUGUGCUUUGGUGUGGGGCACAAGGUAUAGAGAUAUUUACAGUGUUGGUUUUAUAGAAGACUUCAGCCUUUGUGUCCAUUAAGCCUUGUUAUAUGCUCAAAUGUACAUAUUAAAAGAAUACUCCAUUUUCAACAUCAUCUGUACACACUGCAACUGUACUACACUUGAGACUGCCAAUGGACUAUAAUUUCAUUAUGUCUCCUUAUUCCUAGAAUAGAAAUUAAAACGGCUGAAGCUCAGUUGGAAUAGAAGCUUAAGGGCAGUUGGUGAAUUUUGUCAAUAAAUGUGAAAAGUGCACUGAUCAGCCAUAACAUUAUGAGCAGUGAGAGGUGAAGUGAAUAACACUGUUUAUCUCCUCAUCAUGGCACCUGUUAGUGGGUGGGAUAUAUUAGGCAGCAAGUGAACAUUUCGUCCUCAAAGUUGAUGUAUUAGAAGCAGGAAAAAUGGGCAAAUGUAAGGAUUUGAGCGAGUUUGACAAGGGCCAAAUUGUGAUGGCUAGACGACUGGAUCAGAACAUCUCCAAAACUACAGCUCUUGUGGGGUGUUCCCAGUCUGCAGUGGUCAGUAUCUAUCAAAAGUAUCCUUUUCACGGGUCCAGUUGAGUCCAUGGCUCGAUGGAUCUGGGCUGUUUUGGCAGCAAAUUGGAACCCACACAAUUUUAAGCAGGUAGCCAUAAUGUUAUGCCUAAUCGGUGUAUAACACAAAUACAAAAGUCUGUCACAGUCUAAGUCAUAUCUAGAGAUAUAAAGAUAUCUGAAAAACAUUGUAUAAUUGGCAUAGUUUAUUCCAAAAUUCCUAUACUGAUGAAAA